UGACUGCCUCGGCUCUCCGCUCUCUCCGCUCCUCCGGACACAGCGCCGCGUAAAAAUGCUGCUCUCUGUGCCGACAAGGACAGGAAUCAACCCAUACAACGGCUACACCGGCAAAAACAGCAAGAGGCAGACGUAUGUGUCCCCCUCCAACCAUCAGAUGGCUCCUCCAAGCCCCAACAACAACAACAAUAGCAACUCCACCACCACCUCCAUCAGCAAUGGCAGCAGCAGUGGGGGAGAGCAGCUGAGCAAAACCAACCUGUACAUCCGUGGCCUCCACCCAGGGACCACUGACCAGGAUCUGGUCAAACUCUGUCAGCCAUAUGGGAAAAUCGUGUCCACCAAGGCCAUCCUGGACAAGACGACCAACAAGUGCAAAGGCUAUGGCUUUGUUGACUUUGACAGUCCGGCCUCAGCUCAGAAGGCGGUGACGGCACUGAAGGCGGGUGGAGUGCAGGCUCAGAUGGCCAAGCAACAGGAGCAGGACCCCACCAACCUGUACAUCUCCAACCUGCCUCUGUCCAUGGACGAGCAGGAGCUGGAGAACAUGCUGAAGCCCUUCAGCCAGGCCAUUUCCACUCGCAUCCUCCGUGACGCCAACGGGACCAGCCGAGGAGUGGGCUUUGCCAGGAUGGAGUCAACUGAGAAAUGUGAAGCCAUCAUCCAACAUUUCAAUGGAAAAUAUAUCAAGACUCCACCUGGAGUUCCAGUGCCGUCAGAGCCCUUGUUGUGUAAAUUUGCUGAUGGAGGCCAGAAGAAGCGUCAGAGCCAAGGAAAAUAUCUGCAGAACGGCCGGCCCUGGACGAGAGAUGGGGAGACUGUGAGUUUCUGGCUAUUUUUCACGUCCUCGUAUAUCUGUGAAGACAACAGAUAUGAUGAACGAAUGCUUUGUGGGUUUUUUUGUUUUCUCCAGGGAGGAAUGACCCUGACCUAUGACCCCACCACAGCCUUACAGAACGGAUUCUAUUCCUCCCCCUACAGCAUUGCCCCCAACCGGAUGAUCGGGCCAACCUCCCUCUCCCCAUACAUGCAUUCACCUGUGUCCACCUACCAGGUACACAACCAAUCCUGGUUACAUCAUCAGUCGUACAUCAUGCCGCCCACAGGAGCAGUCCUGACGCCAGGAAUGGACCACACCAUGUCCAUCCAGCCGACCUCGAUGAUGGGACCCCUGACGCAGCAGCUCAGCCACCUCUCCAUGGGCAGCAGUGGCACAUAUAUGCCUGCAAACACAUCUAUGCAGGGGACCUACAUCCCCCAGUACACCCAAGUGCCUGCCGCCAACAUCUCAGUUGAGGAAAGUGCCGUCCAACAGCCCGUUGCCAUAGAGACACCCACAGAACACACAACCUACUCCUACCAGCAUAACAAGUGAAGAGGUGGCACAGGUGACGCCGCAGCAGUCGCUCUUGUUUCUAAUUGGCCGGUCUUGUCACCUUGUGUCAGAUCUUCCUCCGGCGCCGGACUGACUCUCGAGGGGCCCAAGUGCUGAAACUCGGCACGGUGACUCAGCACGUAAGGCACCAGACACUCGGGAGGAACAUGGACUGUUACACAGAAAGGACAAAAAAAAGAAAAAAAAAAGAUAUUUUCUACAAACUCAUAUUUUAAAACAAACUCUUUUACUCCAAGCAAGCAGGGCUGGAGGAUGGCAGGCAAUGGGAAAUGGAAGAACAGAACGAGGAGCAUCUAUUUUGAUAACAGUCAAGAAAAAAGCCACACAGACACACACACACACACACUACACAUGUCUAAAAGGUUUUUUGAGCUCUAUUCAUAUUCUUUUCUAAUACUACUCUGGGGAGCUAGAAUGAAACCAGGAAAAGAACAUUUCAACACCAUGUUUAAUUUUGAGUCAUGUUUUGUUUUGACCUUUUGUAAAAUAUGCUGAUUUUACUUCACUUUUUUUUUGUCUGAUACUUUCAGGCUUUGAACCUGCCUUUUUGUACAUAAUUCUUUUUUUUUUUUUAACGUUUCUAGCUUCCUGUGUCCUAGUUUGAUUGAUUGGUGCAAAUAUUCGAAUACAGAAGGCUAAGAAAAACAAAACAAACUGAAGUCAUUCAAGAAGCAGAUGACUCAUGUUUUCCACAGAUAUGGUGCUGACUUGGAUUAGCUUCUCUCGAAGUGGCAGCGAGUGUAUCGGGUACAAUAUGAAACCUUACCUGAAGUGGUUAUCACUUCUUUUUUGGCACUUGACUCUCAAAUAAUUUAUAGUUCCAGCAAUCUUGACAAAGCUUCAGACAAUCAGAAGACUACAAAAUAAUAGAAAAUUUAGAGAUGAUGGUCAUGAAUAACAGAUUUCAGAGAAGACUUCUUUAAAAGAGCUAAGAGAUCUGAACAUUGCUUCGCUUUGAGCUGCUCCACUUGAAAUGAAAUCCAAAGUUGCUCAACGGGGAUCACAUCUCACACAGAGCUGCCUGUAAAUAAGAGAUUUAAAUUUAUUUAGGCUUCUUUUGACUUCCUUCCAUCAGGGUAGUCAUGCUUCAGUUAUUUUAGUAAUACCAAAUUGUACCACACGUAGCAAUCCAUGCAUUGCUGUGUGUUUCUGUUUUUUCCUCACGUCCCUUUUCUAAAAGGGGAAGCUGAAUCUCCACUAAAUCCCACAAACUGUAUUUUCUGAAGCAGGAACCAGAUGUUGUUAUCAGAAUACGAAGUUACAGAGAUCAGCUGGUAAAGCACGGCUCUGUCCUGUUUUAUCUUCAGAAAACACUAUUGAGGUGGAUUAUUACGGCCAGUGUAAAGAAGCUUUAAUACUGGCCAUUGCUGUGUGUUUGCAUCCAUUUCUGUUUUUCGCCCUCAUGUUUUGUUUUGUUUUUACAUUUCUUAUUUAAAGGUUGUUUUUUUUUUUAAUUCAGUUUUAAUACUUUUAAGAUUGAUCCUAUUUUUCAAAGAAGCUUUGAUUUUAUUUUUGAUAGUGUGUUGUGUGCUUCAAAUAGCGAGAAAUAGAUGUUUUCGGCUUUGUUUUGUUUUGGAAAUAGUGAUUUGUUUGUGUGUUUGCAUUCUUCUCUUGUUCUGGUUUCAGUGUUGAUGUCAAAAAGGCUUUAAUGUUUUCUACAGACGUUUCCGUUCUGUCUGUGUCACAAAUGUUGGCACUUUGUGAACAUGACUCCUGAUCAUGGAUUAAUUAUGUAUGCUAGGUUCAGAUGCAUUGUUACAGAGUUGUGGCCCAAGCAGUUGGGAGCAAUGUCAGAGAAAUAUAUGUUCAAAACCUUGACUUACCUCAUCCUGCCAGAGCAAUGUAGAUUCAGUUUGUGUACAAGGUUCACAGGCAAUAACCAACUACAGUAGGUCUCAUGGCUGUUCACAGCUGGUACUGUGUCCACAUCCUUUAACUCUUCCGUCCAACGCUCGGAAAACACGCCCAAGGUCUGACGAUCUAUGCAAUUAAUUUAUUAUCCUUAUAAAUGCAAUACUACAGAUAUCCAAGAGACUCCUCACGUUAUGACAAUGGAUCACCUCACAAUAUGACUUCACGUUCUGGCUCACGUGGCUUUUAUCUUUCAUCAUACACAUGUUGAGAUUUGUUUCUUUUCCGACACAUUCACCUUAGGUUCAUUGUAAGUCAACUUGCUGCAUAAAAAGGGAACUAUUUCAUACCAAAAUGUGGUUGUUAAUAUGACAGUAGUAAAUGUAGGAACUCUGAAAAAAAAGAAAAGAAAGAAAAGACUAUGGCUGGUGUGCUUGUGUGAAUGAAGGCUGGUCACCCACUUGUCCACCCAGCUUUUUUUUUUUUCCAUUAGCAUAGGGUUGUGUUAGAUCUAAUUCUCCAUUCCAUCCAGUUGCGACCUGUAUGUUAUGGUUUUGUGUCCCGUCUUGUCCUGUUUGUCAACUUGCUUUCUUGCUGAGUAAUCGAUGCCGUUUUUCUUAAACCAUGAAACAGUUCAUUUCCAGGAGAAAAUUAAACUUCACAGAAAUGCCUUAGAUUUCUCUGGAAGGGAUAGUGAAGUGCUACUCAGAUUUGGUGGGCUUGACCUCUGACUGGAUUUUUUUCCCAUGCACUGCUAAUGUUGAAAAGAUUUUUGUUUUUGUUAUCAAACUACUCUGAACAUAGAUCUAUGAAGCAAAGAAAUACAACUUUGAAUUGCUAUUUUGUGUCCAAAAUAUUGAAGAAAACCUGAAUGGUGGCUUAUUGAGUCUAAAGAACUAUUGCUGCUAACUUUGGAUUGCUAAGUAUUUAGAAAUCUUUUAGCUGAAGGUCAUUCAAUAUAUCAAGUCACGUAUGGGGUCAGUUUGUAACUCAUGUUCAGCGAUGUCGUGCAGUCUUGUUUUGUGCAUCAAACAACCUCUCCUCAGUAAAUGUUUGUCUGUGCCAUGAUGCAGGUCUUUGUCUUCUUAAUAUAAAGAAAACCCUACAGCUAUUAAACUUUUAACUUG